AGAAUUAAUCAAAAAAUGCAUCAAUUAUUUUGUUCCAGAGAGGUAUGCGUGGAUGAGGGCCAGCAACUGUCCUUGGCUCAUGGAUGUCAAUUUUACGAGGUUAGUGCGGCGGAAAGUCCUGCGGGGGCAGCACUGGCAUUCCAAGCGCUGCUCCGUGAGGCAAGAUCGGUUCAAUUGCUCCGAGCACUUCCUAUUCGCCGGAAAUUGGGCGUCCAUUCGGUCUCGAGGGUGCUCGGCACGAUCUUUGGCAAGAAUACGACGAAGGACCGCAAAAAGAGGCCCUCGUUAAGCAUAUGACGCCUCCUUUGCGCCCUCCUCCUCGGAGGUCGUGACGAACCUGACAGAAGAACUGAUGUGAUCGUUCUUACCAGCAACGUCUAUUCAAACCGUUGACGACGACAUAGAAAACGAUCAUCUGACCAAUGUG